UCCUCGUAUUGGGAUCGAGGUCAUCACUCAUUUUAGGCCAGAAAUGGUUUGCUGCAGAAAUAUAUUACAUUUUCAUAAAACAAAUUCAAAUUAAGCAACACUGAGGAAGAGAAACGAAUAUCAAGGAGCUUUUAACUAAAAGACUCUUAUUCUGUAUUUCUAUCGGAAGGGAGAAUAUGGUAAACUUAACGAACAUUUGCGCUGGCAGAGGACAGAGUCUAAUUUAUGGCGUUAAAAGAGGAAAGAUUCCGAACUCUUUGCGACCAAGAGUCUUACCGAAGCGAAGAGAGCAAGGGCAAACAUCAUGCAUUGAGGAAAUGACAAGAAUGAUGGGUUGCUUGAAAAAAAGCAAGUAUAAUGACAGUGAAUGCUCACCUGAAAUCAAAGACUUUCUCUCUUGUGCUGCGAAGGCUAUUGAAAGGAGAGAAUCUGGAGAAUUAAGACAAGAAAGGAGCACAGAAGAAAUAAACCAUUUAUUAAGGCUGUAUACACAGAUGAAUAACAGAAUCACUUAUAAGCCUUGACAAAAUUCAAAAGAUAUAUACAUUA